CCAAAAACUGUUUGAUGCAAACUAUUAAGUGGAUUGGGAUAGAGGAAUGGUUUUGUCAGAGUUUGAGCAGAUUUUGAAAAGCAAAAAGGGCUAUAAAAAAGAAGAGAUGUGUAUCAGCCACAAAGACCAGAAAUAAUAUAUGAUUGUCGAUGCUUUGAAUUGGACUUUUGUACUUCAUGAUAGGCCAAUCAAACGCCAUUUCAUAAUUAAUCUGGACAUACCAAAAACCCCCACAUUCAACUAAUCAACAGGUAGCAACAGGUACAAUUUCACUUCUACAUUUCAAAUUCAAGAUGUCUAUAUCUAAGGCAUUACAAUUUAUUGAUAAAAAAGAUCUUGAGUGUGCCAUCUGCCUCAGCAGGUUUCACCAACCAAAGACACUGAAAUGCAUGCACACCUAUUGUCAACAGUGUAUCAAGAAAUGUGUGGAAGCCCAUGGAAAGAUUAAAUGCCCAACAUGUGGACAAGAACAUGAUCUAACAAAACAAGACUUAAACAAGCUUCCCUCUAAUACAUUGAUAAGUGACCUUCUACAUUACGUAGUGAAAACUGAGGAUCAAAAACCAACUAAAUGCUGUUUCUGUGACAACCAACCAUCAUACCACUGCUCCAUAUGUCAACUGUAUCUGUGUGACGGCAACUGUAUCAAACAACACAAGGCACUGCCUUCAACCAAGGACCAUCCACUUUACACAUUAGACAUGAAGGAACAAGAUGGCAGCUCGGAAAAUGAAACCAAAUGCCCAGCUGACAGAAACACCACACUGGAAUUUUACUGCUCUACUUGCAACAAAUCAGCAUGCACAAAAUGUAAACAGCAACACAAAGUGAUUACAAUGUCAACUGCUAGAGAUCAGUUUAACAAAGAUGUCACUGAUGUUGUCAAGCAGGCGCAUGAAAUUGAAAUUAAAUUAACAGAAAAGCUACAAUUCAUUGCUAAAUAUAAAUCAGAAUUUGAUUCACAAUUCAAAUUAUGCAGAAAAGACAUUGAAAAUCAUGAGAAGAAUCUGAUUAAGACAGUUCAAGAAAAAAGCAAAGAAUUAGUAUCAGAUCUUGAAGAGAUAUACAGAGAAAGCAAAGAAGAGAUUGAUUACCAAAUCGAAGAUAUUGAUUCAAAGCUGACUGAAGUAAAUAAUCUGAAGGCAUCCAUCAAUACAAUGUUAAUAAAAGCAACAAUUAACAAACCAGAAGAACAAGAUUCUCUUGGAUCAUACUGGGCAAAUGUCAAAACGGUUAGAGAUGACUUCCUUCAAGAAGAUUUUAAUAGUUCCUUUACCUUUAGUAAAAGUAGUGUUACACCAAAUUUCAUUCCAUCUACAUGCAUCAAAGUGUUCACUAAAGAGGGCAUUGGUAGAGUCUCAACUGUUAAUAGAAUGACAUGUAAGGUUGCUAAAAGUUGUGAGGAAAUUGCUAUCUCAAAAGAUAGAGUCUCAACUGUUAAUAGAAUGACAUGUAAGUUUGCUAAAGGUCAUGAAGAAAUUGCUGUCACAAAAGGACAAUCAUUUGUAGUGAAAGUAUCAGAUUCAGAAGAUAGUGAUGCACAUCAAUUGGCUGCCACCCUGAAGAACUCAUCAGAUGAAGAAUCAGCCACAAAGGUAGAAUAUCAGGUUGGUGGAGAGUACAAAAUAAGAGAUCAAGGCAAUGUGAAAGGUGAAUGGCAAACGGUCACUGGUGGCACUGCACACGCCAAAGGAUCUCCUGUAAGUACUCAGGUGAAAACACUCAAAAAGAUGGGACUUGUCAAAACCACUUGUAAUAUAUCAAAGUAUAAAGAACAUAACAAAACACGGGAAGUGACAGAUGUGUUGUUAGACAGAGAUGGCUGCAUACUUGUAUCAAGCCUUAGUAAAGAUAUAUUGAAAUUCAACCAGCAAGGUUCAUUUGUUGCUAAGAUACAGGUGGCACAAGAUGUGAAGGUCAAUAGUAUGUAUCAAUUGGGUGAUGGUCAUAUUUUGUAUAGUGAUUUCUCCAAAAAAUGUGUUGUAAUGUGUGAUGAUCAAUUUAAAGAAAUUCGUCACUUAUUUGGCAAAGGGGUAUUGAAAGAUCCAUGUGGCUUAGCAGUAAACAUGGAAAAUAGUGCUCUUUAUGUAGCAGACUUUAAAGCACAUUGUGUGUUUAAAUUUAAUGUUGAUGAUGGAACACUGAUGAGCAAAUUAGGGUCAGAAGGUAACAAAGAAGGGCAUUUACAGAAACCAACAGAUGUCACUUUAACUAAGGAAAACUAUGUAGUUGUUGCUGACUAUGGUAAUCACAGAAUACAAAUGUUUGAUGCAAAUGGUAAUUGGAUGAGAAUCAUUGCAGACUGUGGUAAGAAAAAUGGUCAAAUUUUGAGUCCUUGUGGUUUAACCAUGGAUAUGAAUGAAAAUAUAAUCAUAUCAAGUAAUAACAAAUUACAAUUAUUUGAUAAAAAUGGUGUCUUCAUAAAACGAAUAGAUCAUGAAGAUGAUGGAUUAAAGUUCCCAUAUGGAGUAACUAUAAUUCCUAAAAGCCCAAGAAAAGUAGUAGUAGCAAACCAUGGAGCCAACAAUGUUAAAAUAUUUUAUUACUAAUGACUUUGAAAUUGAUAGUACAUUAGCUUUUUUGA